UGUGAGCAGAAAGGGUAUUGGGUUGGAAAAGUGGCUUAUCUCAAAUUUGAUGGUGUAAGCCCACGGACUGAUGAAUCAUUCAGAAAUAAAUUGCAACCUCAUCAUCAUUUAGGGGAAACGCCCCUUACAGAUCUUCCCUUAAACAUGAUCACUUCAUUUCCAGUUGAUUACAUGCAUCAAGCAUGUCUUGGCGUGACAAAGAAAUUGUUGCUGCAGUGGACUAAGACUGGAUCAAGAGCUGUGAGGAUGUCUGCACAACAGCAGUCCCAGGUUAGUGGGCGUAUGCUUGCCCUAAAAGACAGCAUUCCUUCAGAUUUUGCAAGAUCGCCUCGAAGUCUCCGCCUCUUGGAGAGAUGGAAGGCCACAGAGUUUCGCCAGUUCAUGUUAUAUACAGGGAAACUUGCACUGAAAGGCAUUCUGAGAUCUGAGCUGUAUGAACAUUUUGUUAUCUUUAGUGUGGCAAUGAAUAUUAUUGUAUGCCCAGAACUUGUGAUGACUCAAGGUGCAUAUGCCCACGAUCUUUUGAGGUAUUUUGUGAAUGAAGCAAGGAUUCUUUAUGGCGAUGAAUUCAUGGUGUACAAUGUUCACUCAUUGCUUCACAUGGCCGAGGAUGCAACCAAGUUCAACAGUCUUGACAACUGCAGUGCAUUUCCAUUUGAAAAUUACCUUCAUGGGUUAAAACGUCUGGUGCGAUCAGGGAAGAAUCCCCUUGCUCAAGUAGCAAAAAGACUGGCAGAAAGACAAUGUACUGGACCACCCACAAAAGCAAAACGGAGGACAACCUUGAAGCGAGACAAUUCUUACAUUUUGGAGAACAGAAAAUGUACUGAGCUACUUGAAAUCUUGGACGAUAACUUGGCACUCUGUCGUGUGUACAAGAAUCCAGUGCCUCUUUUCACAGUACCAUGCCAAUCUUUCUUGGUUGAUGUCUAUCAGUUCAAGAAACAGAAUUCUUGCAUAGAAAAAGUCCCAGUCCCAGACCUCAGAAAAAGAGCAAUAAGGAUAGAAAAGAAUGGAGGAAAUGUUGUGUUCAUGGGAGUCCUUCAUUCUAUGUAGAUGUAAAAUCUACAUAGACACCCUUGAUUUGUGUGUGUGUGUGUGUGCACGUGUGCGUGUGUGUGUGAGAUAGACUGGCAACUUGUUUUAACUGCCUUGCCUCGUGCCCAUUUGAAGUUGGAAUAAAAAUAAAUAAGUGAGUUUGGUACCAUAUUUUUUACCGUUUCCAAUGCUUGGUCUUGAAUUAUCAAUUGAGUAACCCGAUGUUUUGCAUUUCUUUUUCUUAACAGCAUGUUUGUCAUUGUUGAAUUUUUGGAAGACAACACAGUUGAAGCUGUUCCCAGCAGUUGGGUUGUCUUAAACAAUGGGGUGAGUUUGUUGUUUUAUGAACAUGCAGUUUAUGCAGAAAUUCCUGUGGCUAUGUGUCUGUGUAAACUUGGUUGAAAACUAAUCUCUUUUCCAAAAUCUUAGGUGCAUUAUUGUUACUGGACAGCAAAUAAAACCACAUUCAGGAUCCGAAAUUUGGAACAUCCAUCUCCUGAUUGGACUCAACAUAGAGUAAGGCUAUUUCAGCGCCAAACAGGUACUGCAACUACUACUUGGCCAUGAAAUUUAAAUGGUUUCCUUUGAAACUUUUCAUAUGAACUUGACUGUUAUGCUUAUUAAGAGGAAUAUGAAGAAGCCAAGCGUCUUGCCAGGCUGUACCUGGAAGAUUCCCAAGCCGAGAGUGAGAGAGAGGUGACCAAACGAAAAGUUAAGAACAAUAAGCGGUACCUGUCCAGCUCUGAUGAUGAAGCAGGUCCAUGCUCUACUGAGAGAACGAGAG